UAGUUAAUGUUAAAGAUGCGUGACCGCCGAGGGUCGCAGAAACACCUGUUUAACGUAAACAAAUGGCAGGGUAGGGUGGGCGGACCAGCUGUGCGGGCGGGGAGGUCAACAUUUUGGGCGUGGCUGGGGAGAGAGACUGGAGAGUGGCACCUGGUGAUACCUGUGGUGCCCAACCAGGCAAUGGCACUAAUAGACAAAGGCCCCUGCAAGGGGAUGGAGGGAACACAGAAAGUGUGGGUGAGCGACCAGACCCAUGGCUUUAUCCUGGGUAACAUCGUUGACCUCACCAGUGAUGGGGUGCUCAUCCAGCCCGUCACGCGAGGCACCAAGCCCAUCACUGCUGACUACGACCGAGUUUAUCCAGCUGAGGAAGAUGACACCAAAGAGGUGGAUGACAAUUGUGCUCUUAUGUACCUAAAUGAGGCAACACUUCUCAACAACAUCAGGUUACGUUACAGUCAGGACAAAAUAUAUACAUAUGUGGCAAAUAUCCUCAUAGCAGUGAAUCCCUACAUCGAUAUUCCAAAACUUUACGCAUUGGAUACCAUUAAGAAAUACCAGGGCAAAUCCUUGGGACAAAUGCCACCUCAUGUCUUCGCAAUUGCGGAUAAAGCCUUUCGUGACAUGAAAGUGUUGAAGCAAUCUCAGAGCAUCGUUGUCUCGGGAGAAUCUGGAGCUGGAAAAACAGAGUCCACUAAGUACAUUUUAAGAUAUCUUUGCGAGUCCUGGGGGUCAAAAGUUGGACAUCUAGAGGCAAAGAUUCUGGAUGCUAAUCCUGUUCUUGAAUCCUUCGGUAAUGCUAAGACAACUCGCAACAACAAUAGUUCCCGGUUUGGAAAGUUUAUUGAGAUUCAUUUUAAUGAGAGACAUUCAGUCGUUGGAGGUUUCAUAUCUCACUACCUUCUUGAGAAAUCUCGCAUUGUAGUUCAAGGGCCCCAUGAGCGAAACUACCACAUUUUCUAUCAGCUCUGUGCGGGUGCUCCAGAACAGUUAAAGCAGCAACUAAAACUUGGAACUCCAGAUCAGUACAAUUAUUUAAGAAAAGGAUGUACUCAGUACUUCUGUAGUAAAGAUACCGAAAAGUCUUUGGCAGCUAACAGAAAAAGUUCGAGUCACCAGAAGAAGGGGGCACUGAAGGACCCCAUCUUGGAUGAUGUCAGGGACUUUGCCAUUAUGGACAAAGCUUUGGGCAACUUUGGAUUGAAUAGCCAAGAGCGGCUAGCAAUUUACACAACUGUGGCAGCUGUUCUCCAUCUGGGGAAUGUUACCUUCGAAGAUAAUCCAGAGGAUACUAAAGGUGGUUGUAUGGUGUCUCCUGCAUGCGACGCAUCUUUGAAAACAGCAGCAGCGCUGAUGGGCGUGGACCCAUCGGAGCUCAACCAGGCACUAUUGUCUCGUGUUAUGCAAACCAGCAAGGGUGGCCUGAAGGGCACUGUCAUCAUGGUUCCACUGAAAACAUAUGAAGCCAGCAGUGCUCGGGAUGCAUUGGCCAAAGCCAUGUACAGCAAACUGUUUGACUAUAUUGUUCAUCGAAUCAACCAGAGUAUCCCGUUCUCCUCUUCAUCCUAUUACAUUGGCAUUCUGGAUAUUGCUGGGUUUGAGUACUUCCCAGUGAACAGCUUUGAACAGUUUUGCAUCAACUACUGCAAUGAAAAACUACAAAUGUUCUUCAAUGAACGUAUUUUGAAAGAAGAACAGGCACUGUAUGAGAAGGAAGGACUCGGUGUAAGAAAAAUCUCUUACGUUGAUAACCAGGACUGUAUUGAUGUGAUUGAAGCCAAAGGAUGUGGAAUUAUCAGCUUGUUAGACGAAGAGAGCAAACUUCCCAAGUCGUCACACACGUUAAAGUUUUCAUCCAUUUUACAGGCACAGUUUUUGGAGAAGAAUAAUGAUGCCCUUCAUGCAUCACUUGAAGCACUAGUUCAAGAGGCACAUAAUAAGUUUAUUCAAGGUCUGUUUGCUGCCUCUGGAGAGAGCCAUUCAGUCCGUGGCAAACUCUCUUUUAUCUCUGUGGCUUCCAAAUUUAGAUCUCAACUCCAGGAACUCAUGGAUAAAUUAUCUAGCACAGGAACCAACUUCAUUCGAUGCAUCAAGCCUAACGUCAAGAUGGUGGAUCACGAAUUUGAAGGAGGACCAAUUCUGUCGCAGCUUCAAUGCUCCGGAAUGACUUCAGUACUAGAGCUCAUGCAGCAGGGCUACCCAUCCCGUGCACCUUUCCAUGACCUCUACAGUAUGUACAAAAAGUAUCUACCAGCAGAGCUUGCCAGGCUAGAUCCCCGACUCUUCUGUAAGUCGCUCUUCAAGGCACUUGGUCUAGACGAAAAAGAUUUCAAAUUUGGUAUGACUAAGGUAUUCUUCCGGCCAGGCAAGUUUGCCGAAUUUGAUCAGUUGAUGAAGAGCGAUCCAGAAAACCUUCAACUCCUGGUCUCUAAGGUGAAGAAAUGGCUCAUGCAAUCACGAUGGAAGAAGUCCCAGUGGUGUGCCCUCUCUGUCAUAAAAUUGAAAAAUAAGAUCCUAUAUCGCCGUGAACAGCUUAUAAUUAUCCAAAAGAAUGUGAAAAUGUAUAAUGCCAGGAAAAAGCACCGACCUCGCUACUUGGGUGUAAUGAAGAUUAAGAGUCUACAGGGUCAGUUGCAACAAAUGUUGGGAAUUGUUAAUCAACUAAAAAAAGAAAAGGAUUCAUCAUUAGCAGUAGUUAAAAAGCUGGAGGCUAACAUGGAUGCUACCAUCAGGAAAAUACAGGCAACUAUUAUGACCCGCGAGCAAAUUGAUAAGGAGGUUAAUGGGCUUGUUAACUCUAUGAAUGCUGAGCUGAGUGUUUUGCAUAAAAAGCUUACCCAGCAAAAGAAUGCCGAUGAACAGGAGAGACUCCGUCGCAUUCAGGACGAGAUGGAGAGGGAGAGGAAGAAAAAAGAGGAAGAGGAGAGGAAGAGAAAAGAGGAGGAAGAAAUUAGAAAGAAGAAAGCUGAAAUGGAAGCUCGGCGUAAGCAAGAAGAGGUGCUACGUCGCAAGCAGGAGGAAGAGGACCGUCGUGCUGCUGAAGCCUUGCAGAUUCAACUGGCCAAGGAGGAAGCAGAGUCGGAACACCUAGCUCAACAAGAGGAGCAGGAGCGGAGGGACCACGAGCUUGCACUUCGCUUGGCCAGUGAGACCAACUCCGCUGUGGAUGAUAUAGCUCCAUCUCUUAAGAGCUCGGUAAAUGGAGAUCCCAGCCAAUUGUUCAAGUUGAAAAGAUCCACCAUGGUUGAGAAGCAACGCCAAGAAGCAGCAAAUAAGAAGCAUGACCUGAGCAAGUGGAAAUAUGCAGAACUUCGAGAUACUAUCAAUACUUCAUGUGACCUUGAGUUAUUAGAGGCUUGUCGUAGUGAAUUCCAUCGUCGUUUGAAGGUUUACCAUGCUUGGAAAGCCAAGAAUAAGAAGCGCACCACCAUGGAAGAAAAUCAACGUGCCCCAAAAUCUGUUCUUGAUGCAGCAAAGGCUAACCCACCACGUGUUGCGCCCAAGGUCAGCUCCCCUACCAGUAGUAACAGCCAACGAUACUUCCGUAUUCCCUUUGUGCGUCCAACUGAUCAGCAUCGUGGUGAACAGCAGCAGAAGGGCUGGUGGUACGCUCAUUUUGAUGGUGAUUGGAUUGCACGUCAGAUGGAGUUACACCCUGACAAACCUCCAAUUUUACUUGUGGCAGGCCGUGAUGACAUGCAGAUGUGUGAACUAAGCCUGGAUGAGACGGGGUUAACCAGGAAGCGUGGUGCUGAAAUCCUUGAUCACGAGUAUGAGAAAGAAUGGAACCGCCACGGUGGAAAAUCUUAUGAGCGAUCAGCCGUUAGAAAACGUUGAAAGUUAAGAUGGGAUGGCUUAGUAAAAGAUAGGUAUCCAGAUAUUAUUAAAAUAGAUUUUUGUUUUUUAAUUGAAGUUAAUAUCAAUUUAUGAAUCAUCAGAUUUUUAUAGUUACAUCUAAAAUAUUAAAUAUAAAUUAAAGUAAUAAAUUGUAAAAAAAAAUCAAUAACAAUAUAUUAGUAAAGAAAUAGGUCAAAUGCCUAGGAAAUGUGGUAGCUAAUAUUAAAACAUUAUGCAGUAGUUUGUUACGGUGCAGCUGUGAAACAAAAGUUUAUAUAAAGGAAUUUUUCUUUACAAAACUGUUAAUUUUCUUUUAAUUCUUUUGUAUGGCAUAUAUUUGUACACUAAUGAUGAGACAGGUUUUGAAACAGAUUGUGACUUAUCAAGGAAGACUUGUCAAGCAGUACUUCUGGUUUAGGUACUUUCAAACCCAUCAUGGUGCAGUUGGUAGUGUGUGUGCCUGAGGAGUUGAGGGAUGUGGGUGUGAUCCCAUGUGUGGUUUCAAGUAUUGUCUCAAAAUUUGUAAUUUCUGAGCUUAAAAUGGAACUGAAACAGAUUGUGACUUAUCAAGGAAGACUUGUCAAGCAGUACUUCUGGUUUAGGUACUUUCAAACCCAUCAUGGUGCAGUUGGUAGUGUGUGUGCCUGAGGAGUUGAGGGAUGUGGGUGUGAUCCCAUGUGUGGUUUCAAGUAUUGUCUCAAAAUUUGUAAUUUCUGAGCUUAAAAUGGAACUGAGACAUCUAUACUGUUUAUUGGUGGUGAAGAAGAUAGACUUUAAGGUGGUCUCUGAUGAUUCAACUUCACCAGUGAUGGUGACCCAACAUAAGCUGCCUGUAUUGCCUUCAAAGCUGAGCCUCAUUUAUAGUAAACAAUACUGGUCUGGCUAGUUUUAUAACCAAUCUAGUUUCCAGCAAAAUUUUUCUUCCUAUUGUGGGUAAGAGAUACAACUUCAUUAUCCUUAAACAAGAUUAACUUGUUGAUUUUGUUUAAGGAUAAUGAAGUUGUUUCAGUGCUCUCUGUAAGUGAAUAUGCCACUGAGGUUUGAACACAAGUGUAGACACUGCAGUCUAGAUCAUAAUGUUUACAUCAUUAAUAUUGACAAAUAUUUGAUCAUUGGCCAACACACAAAACAUAAAAUGUGUGCUUAACAAGGAAAUAUACUACAGGUUAACAACAGUAGAUAAAAUUGAGGGGCAUUAAUUGUUGUUUAAUCAGUAAACUAGAUUGUAGGCAUUCGUAUAUUUCUAGCAAUGACCAGUUACUGUGUAAUACGUUAAUAGUCACUGUAAGUUUUUAUAUUAAAUAUUCAGUGGAGUAAAUGUUUGUGAUAUGUAGUUUGACAGCAUUUGGGAGGGUGCAGUGGUGUUAGUAUAUGUGAUGCAUUGUGGAGAGUAGAUAUGCUUGGUACUUGUUAUUGCUUUGGUUUAAAUCCCAUUUCUGGGAUUAAAGAUUUUUGCAUAUCUUAAUGCAUCCUGAAGGGAAAAUAUCCUAUUUUUGUUAAAAGGUAAAGUUGCUGUCAGGUAAUUAUACAAAAAGCAUCCUUGAGAUAUUGCUGCAAUGAUUCAUGUGUGUUUCAUAGAGAUGACAUAAUUAAAUUCUUACUUUUAAUUAAAACAUUGUUUUGUGUUUAUAUUCCUUUAAGUAUUGGGGGGAACCUCUAAUUUUCAAGUGACCCAAUGAAGAGCAUUCAUAAAUUACACGAAGUAGAACAAAUAUGCAUAGUCCUCCGUUUGCUUUAUUAUUUAUAUUGACAAAAACUUGCUUAUUUAGUGAGUCAUGUUAAGUAUAUGGGACAUUUGGUGACUAUGAAAGAUUUUGUCGAGUUUUUGCAAAAAUCUUCAUAAUCAUGAUGAAUAUUCUUUUAUAUGUUUCAUAAAUUAUUAUUAUUGAAAAGAUUUAAUGCUGCUUAAUUUGUUGAUUAACUAUAUAUUUGCAUAUUUUUUACCAGUAUUUCUUUAUUGAAAUACAGUAGCUUGUUAAAUGCAAAUGAUUGUGGAUUCACUGUACACAUAGGGUUUAGGUUCGUGUGUGGAGAACUGUGUCAUUCCAGUGUUCAGCACAUAAUACUGUGAUGGUUAUUAUUUAUCAUUCCAGAAAUAUAAAUCGUUCUUCACUUUUCUAUCAAUAAAAUGUGAGUUGUGAUUAUUUCUACUGGAUUAUGUAAAUUGCAGCCAUUUUGCUGGAUAUAAAUGUCACUAAGGCCAUUCUUUUAUUUAAGUUACUUUAGAUAUAUUUUAUAUUUCUUCUGAAUUGUUAUGUAUAGGCUUCAGUGGGAAGGUGAAAGUAGUCCAUUUGGUUGCUGCUCGUAAAUAGUUAGUGGCAUUGGCUUGGUACACAUGACAUUUUCCAAUAAUUUUAAUUCACCAUACGAGGGCCAUUGGUAUGGGUUGCCCAAAUAAUUUUGAAAUACAGACAGGUCAUUCAACCUCAGAACUGUGAAUACUUAGUCUCUGAUUCUUAUAGGUAAUGGUCGUAGAAAGAGAUGAAUAAAUAUUGAGGUUGUAUGAUGAAAUAGAACCUGCAUCUCUGGACAGGCACAUGCACUACCGACUAAACUAGAGUGCGUCCAUUAUGGUCUAGUCUGUAGUGUGUUCACUUGAGGUGCUCAGGGAUGCUGGACUCGAUUACAUAGUACGACCUCAAUAUUUAUUUAUAGAUUCAUUAUGUCCUCGUGAUUUCAUUGUGCAUUGAUGAACUUCCUGCAUCAUCAAGACCUGUAGCGGUAUGAUUAAUUUGCAUCUUAAGACAUUUGCUAAAUAUAUUUUGAAUAUGCCUAUAUUUUGUAUAUGAAAAAAUUCUGGUGGAGUUUGCAAAUUUUUUAAAGACUAAGAUUUUUAUCAAAUACUGUAAACUUAUUUUGUGAUGUCUUAUCUUAUGUAAUAUUUUUUAAUUGAAGCCCAUUGUAUGAUAUUGUACACUAAUCACAUUUUAGUUUAUUUAGAAAUUAUUGUAUUGGUAUUUCAUUGUUCAUGUAAAUGAAUGCAUCACUAGUAAACUUCCAUAACAAACCCUUAAGUAAAAGCUUAUUUCCUCAUUUGUAAGUGAACACACAAAUACACAAAAUUCAGUAAUGUGAUCUGUAUUUACAGAAUGUUUAGACAGUGUACAUGUGUAUGAAAUAUUUAUCACCAUAUAUUCAUGAAUAAAAUGGAAGUUAA